AUGUCAUUUUCCAUGUCUGGACACUCUCAUGUGAAUUCUUACGGUUCAAGUUUGAAUGCCAGUUCUAAUUCAGCUUAUUCAAACGUUUCCUUUAGAUCAAACUCCGUCCCAGAUUCAUCCUCAUCUUCCAUGUCAGUAGCUGGCUCAGGUCCUAUUCAGAAUUCUACACAGCUUUACAUGGGUGAUUUGAACCCGGAUUGGACAGAGAACGAUAUUAAAAGUAUAUGGUCGAUGUUGGGCGAGCCCAACGUGCAGGUCAAAUUGAUCAAAUCGUCAAAUCCAAAUAAAUCACAUGCUGUUAACAAUUCAGGCUACUGUUUCGUGGAGUUCCCGAACCAAAUGGCAGCUAGCAAUGCGUUGAUGAAAUCGGGACUUCGAGUUCCUAUGGAUUCGAAUUAUGCGUUGAAGCUUAACUGGGCUUCAUUUGCCACUGCGCCAGGAUCUGAAUUCACUCUUUUCGUUGGUGAUUUGGCACCCAACGUCACAGAAGCGCAAUUGUUUGAGUUAUUCAUCUCACGUUACUCCUCCACAUUGAACGCUAAGAUCGUUUUCGAUCAGUUCACUGGUGUGUCAAAGGGGUAUGGAUUCGUCAAGUUUGUCAAUGAAAUGGAACAGCAAAGAGCGUUAGUGGAAAUGCAAGGCACGUUUUUGAACGGUAGGGCUAUCAGAGUGGGCACAACUUCUAAGAAUAAGCAGGGCCAGCAACCACAACAGCAUCAUCAUCAACAGCACCAGCAUCAGCAUCAACAUAGAUUCAGUGGAAGCGCCGCUUCCAGUUCGAGUCCUGGUGUCUCUUCUUCGAACUAUAGUACCAACGCUCCUUCUUCACAUAUCUCCACUCCAACAUCACAAGCUACUCCUGCUAACUCGGGAAUGCUCCAAUCGAAGUUCUCGUACCCUGUAUUACAGCAGCCUUCUUUGUCGCAGUUCACUGAUCCCAAUAACACUACGGUGUUCAUCGGCGGCUUGUCAACAUUGAUUACUGAAGAUGAAUUACGUUCCUAUUUCCAACCUUUUGGGCAAAUUGUAUACGUCAAGAUCCCUGUCGGUAAAGGUUGUGGUUUUGUUCAAUACGUCGAUAGAAUUAGUGCGGAGACUGCUAUCUCCAAGAUGCAAGGGUUCCCAAUCGGUAACUCCAGAAUAAGACUGUCUUGGGGUAGAAGUGCGAAACAAGCUGCUGCCAUGCAGCAAGCCAUGACGUUAGCGUUGCAACAGCAGCAACAGCAGCAACAACAGCAACAACAGCAACAACAGCAACAACAGCAACAGCAACAACUUCAUCAUUACUCCUAUCAAUCGCAGCCAGCUAUGCCAAGUAACUAUGCUUAUACUUUGGACUCAUUGCCUGGUAAUGAUUACGUUCCUAUCUCUCAUGGCUCUUCCGCGUACCAGCACUAUCACUCGCAAUCUCAACAACAAGUGCCUCAACACCAACAACCAUCGUUACUUCCAUCGUACACCUCGUUGGAGUAUAAUACUUCAGGCUCCAUGAACAGUUCCAUCUCCGGUUCCUCUAGUUACCAGCUGCCAAUGGGUUCAUCUACUUCAUCUCUAGGAUCUAUCUUUGCUAAUCAAAAAGGUGGUACUAGUAUUUAUCAGCAAAACAUGAACCUCAACUCACAACCUCAAAAUAACCAAUCUCCAUUGUUCACUUCCAGUUUGAGACCACAACUUUCUCCGCAAUCUACUGACCUUUACACCCAAAAACAAGUGGAUGUGAUCGAUUUUUUGGAACAAGGUAGUAAUGGUAAUGGUUAUAUCUUUGCUUGA